AUGUUCCAUGGAUUGCCAAGUGAAGACCCCAUUGACCACCUUGAUGAGUUUGAUAGGCUUUGUGAUUUGACAAAGAUCAAUGGUGUCUCUGAAGAUGCCAUCAAGCUGAGACUCUUUCCUAUGUCUCUAGCUGACAAAGCUCACCAAUGGGAGAAGAGCUUGCCCCAUGGCACAAUCACCACUUGGGAUGAAUGCAAGAAGGCCUUUCUUGCUAAGUUUUUCUCCACCGGUCGCACAGCCAAGCUUAGAGGAGAGAUAUCCAGCUUCAUCCAGCGAAACAAUGAGACAUUCGCAGAGGCUUGGGAGAGGUUCAAAGGCUACACAAGUCAGUGCCCACACCAUGGAUUCAACAAUGAAUCACUACUCUCCACUCUUUAUAGAGGAUGCUUGCCUAGGUAUAGGGAGAUGCUAGACACAGCUAGCAAUGGGAACUUCCUCAACCAGGAUGUAGAUGAUGGCUGGCAACUUGUGGAGAACAUAGCUAACUCAAAUGGAAGCUAUGGAGAAGAGUAUGAUCGCACCAACCGGAGCUCGACCCACCACUCGAUCGAGUCAGACGAAAAGUUGAGAAAAGAUGUUAAGGCAUUGAAUGAGAAGUUGGAUAAGCUGAUCCUAGCUCAGUCCACAAUGAAGAAAGUCAACUUUGUGUCUGCUGAGGAGAUGGAACCAGUCCAAGAAGGGGAGGAUACACAAUUUGCUGAGGUGUGCUACAUGAGCAAUGGGCAAGGAGGUUACAACAAAGGAUACUAUAAUUACAAGUCCAACCCUGCCAUGUCAUACCGCAACACUGAUGUUGCUAACCCUCAGGACCAAGUAUAUCCUCAACAACAAGCAGCUCGAUCGAGUCAGGUGCCACAACAUGGGCUUCCCCACCAACCGCCCCAGCCUGCACCUUCACAAGAGAAUGAGCUCAAGGCAAUGCUAAAGCAACUACUUCAAGGGCAAGCUGAUGGGGUAGUGGACACAAGCAAGAAGCUAGCUGAAAUAAACUCUAAGAUCGAGAACCUCAACACAAGGGUUUACUCUCUGGAGAAUCAUGCUUCUUCUGUUGCUGCUGCUACAAAGCAAGGACAACUACCUGGUAAAGCUAUUCAGAACCCCAAGGAACAGUGCAAGGUCAUCUUCACUCAAGAAGGACUUGUUGAAGAAGAGGAUCAAGAAAGGGUCAUUGAAGAUUUUUGUUUACUGCUGAAUGAUGAAGAGAUUGUUGCUGCUGAGGCUCCUGGAGUCCAGAUUGAUCAACCAGAAGUGCAGGCACCUACUGUGGCCAUUCACACUUCACCAGUUGAGCUCGCACAACAAGCUCGAUCGGCAGCUCGAUCGAGUCCAACUCUAGCUCGAUCGAGUCCGACCUCUUCUGUCCCAAAGCCUUUUGCUUGA